AUGGAGGAGGGUAAAGAAAUUGGAAUGAGAAAAGAGAUUGAAGAAAAUGAUGUUGGAAAAGAAAAAGAAAAUGAUGAAGAGGCUAUAAAGAAGAUUAUUGCAAGCCAUCCUUUAUUUGAAGUAUUGAUUGAGUCUCACAUUAACUGUUUGAAGGUUGGAUCUGAGGAUGCUGGAGAGUUUGAUAUAAAACCUGAUGCAUGGAAGAAAUUGGUGAACACAAAGUCCAAAGAAACGACUAGUCCAAACACUUCAGAGAUUGAUCACUUCAUGGAAGCAUAUUGCAUGGCACUGGACAGGCUCAAAGAAUUGAUAGAGGAACCAACUAAAGAAGCAAAUGCUUUCAUCAAUUCGGCCUAUAUUCAACUCAAAGAACUCGAUGAAGGAAAUAAUCUAGCAAUUUAA